CCUCUCGGCUUCAUAAAAAGUAAUCCUAUAUAAUAAUGAAAAAUAAAACCUAAAAAUAUCCAUUAGAAAAGUUAUUUUAAGGUUGUCCCACAAAAACCUCCGUGCAACAUUCUGGGAAGGUUUGUUUAUUAUUGUCAAAAUAUAGAACCUAAAAAUAACCAUUAGAGAACAUUCUGUAUCAGUUGUUUAAAAGUUGUCACACAAAAUCCUGAUGGGAAAUUUGUUAGAAAUAUAUAUAUAUAUAACCUAGGGAGAAUGUUGUUAGGAAUUGGCCCCCCCUCCCACCAAACUGGAACCAUAUGUUAACGUUAGGGCAACUUUCUGUGUUUGCUGGGUUGUAACAAGUACAAUCAGCUGUUAAACAACCGUGAUUGGUGAACGUUAUUCUAGUCGGUGCCAUUGACUAAAAUAUCUCAUGUUUUCUAUAGUCUUGUCUAGUUACUUGUGUCACAAUAUAAGCACAAAAUAUCUAUUGAGAGCAAAUGUCGAAUGGCCAUGCAUUUUUAAAGUUUAGACAAAUGUGAAAAGCAUACACAUUUAUUUGUAUUUUUUUUAAUGAUUAGAUGCAAGUAUUGGGCCAUUUAUAUACAACCUGUCUCUUUUAGCCUAUACUGUCAUAGUGUUUUCUUAGCUUGAAGAUCAGAGUGAACAAUAACAGUCCUGUAGAAACAACUGGACAGAGGUUGAGCAGCCAAAGCAUAUCACACAUUUAAUUGGCGCCUUUAGUUUAUCAGCACUGCCCAGUAUCCAGAAAAGACAGAGUGGAGUGAUUACAAGAAUGCUGUACAGAAUAAAUUACCCUGUACCACUACCAGCUCAUUCAUUCAUUCAUUAGGCCUUGGAGCAGGCACAUCUCUCCCUGCAGCCUAGUAAACAGUAAAACAGUCAACCACUAACAUGGAAGGACCAUUCAAGUACAUUAGAGAAGGAGAUGGCAAAGUCUGUCGAGUCAUUCGCAUGGGGACAAGGAAGAGCCAGCUGGCACGCAUCCAAACAGACAGUGUGGCCAGCAGACUGAAAGAGCUUUAUCCAGAUGUUCAUCUAGAGAUAGUUGCAAUGUCGACAAUUGGGGACAAAAUCCUGGACACUGCGUUAUCAAAGAUUGGUGAAAAGAGCCUCUUCACCAAAGAACUGGAGAAUGCCCUUGAGAGAAAUGAAGUGGAUAUCGUGGUGCACUCACUUAAGGAUUUACCUACCUCAUUGCCCCCUGGAUUUACUAUUGGAGCCAUUCUUGAACGUGAAAAUCCCCAUGAUGCAGUGGUACUUCAUCCAAAGAAUGCUGGACUUACCCUGGACAGCCUUCCUGAGAAGAGUGUGAUUGGCACAAGUUCACUUCGCAGAGCAGCUCAGCUGAAGAAAAGAUUCCCUCAACUGGAGUUUGAAAAUAUUAGAGGGAAUCUAAAUACUCGCCUAAAGAAGCUGGAUGAAAAAGAUGACUAUGAUGCCAUUAUUCUGGCAGCAGCAGGCCUCAAGCGUAUGGGCUGGGAAAGCCGAAUCAGUCAGAUUCUGGGCCCUGAAGAUUGCAUGUAUGCAGUUGGUCAGGGAGCACUGGCAGUGGAAGUCAGAGCACAAGACAAGGACAUUCUGGAAAUGGUGUCUGUCCUACACCAUACAGACACAGUGCUAAGAUGCAUCUCGGAGAGAGCUUUCCUUAGGCAGUUGGAAGGGGGUUGCAGUGUGCCUGUUGCUGUUCAUACAGAAGUGAAGGGGUCCAUGAUGUAUUUAACCGGAGCAGUUUAUAGUUUGGAUGGAGCUGACUGCUUAAAGGAUACUAUGCAGAUGUCUGUGGAAAUAGACAACAAAGUGAAUGAGAGUGCACAGGAGUGUGUACACGUUGGAGUCACUGCCAACAGUAUAUCAUCAUCAGCCCUCGAUGCUGCUGAGAAGCUUGGGAGUGAUCUGGCGAAUCUACUCCUAAACAAGGGAGCCAAAGACAUCCUCACGACAGCCAGAAACCUCAAUGAUGCGCGAUAACCAGUUUACUUUUUC